AUGCAUCAUCAUCAGAAUCUUGGAGAUGCGGCUGCCUUGACGGGCAUGAUGCCGCCGUACGAGACAAUGGCUCUCUACGAGCAACCGAAGCCGCGUUUCAUAUUCAAAAUGCCACGCGUUGUGCCAAAUCAGAAAUCCAAAUACGAGUCGGAUGAGCUCUUCCGCCGACUUAGCCGGGAGAGCGAGGUGCGCUACACCGGCUACCGAGGACGGGCCAUUGACGAGCGUCGCAUGCGUUUUGUCACCGACUGCCGCAAGGGUUAUGCAGAGCUCUCAUUCGUGCCCACGGGCACCAAUCUGCAGCUGUACUUCAAUGCCAAUCAUAAUCCGUAUGCCCAGGAGCAGGAGUGCGAUUUUGACAAGGAGCGCGGCAAGGUACACUUGCGCUCCAGUUUCAUAAUGAAUGGGGUUUGUGUGCGUUUCCGUGGCUGGUUGGAUUUGGAACGUUUAGAUGGCGUCGCCUGUCUGGAUUUUGAUCAAGCACGGGCUCAGCAAGAGGAUGCACAGCUGAGCGAGCAAAUUGAGAGCUAUAAUCAACGUAUGGCCGACUCGAAGCGUAUUUAUGCGCAUACGCCGCCACAGGAUACUAUACGGCGCGGCCCACCGGGUCCGGGGCCAGUUUCUGGACCACCAAUGGGCUGGUAA